AUGUUUGUGUUUGAUCCAACCGCAAACGCAGACGCAGGAUUGAGAUUGGAGAUGGCGUUUCCUCAACAUGGUUUUAUGUUCCAACAACUCCAUGAAGACAAUAGUCAUGAUCAACUCCCUUCUUGUCCUCCUCAUCUCUUCAAUGGAGGAGGAAACUACAUGAUGAACAGAUCCAUGUCUUUAACGAGCGUACAAGAGGAUCAUCAUCAACAUCAAAACAUGGAUGAGGAGAAUCUAUCAGAUGAUGGGUCACAUAUGAUGCUAGGAGAGAAGAAGAAGAGGCUACAAAUAGAGCAAGUGAAGGCAUUAGAGAAGAGCUUCGAGCUUGGGAACAAGCUUGAGCCAGAGAGGAAGAUACAACUAGCUAAAGCAUUGGGGAUGCAACCGAGACAGAUCGCGAUUUGGUUCCAAAACAGGAGAGCUAGGUGGAAGACAAGACAGCUCGAGAGAGACUAUGAUUCACUCAAGAAACAGAAGCGCUAG